AUGGAAGUGUGCCAGGACAUCAUCGAUGAGUACAAGGAUGAGGUGAUGAAUUGUCCCACCACUACUGAGGAAUGGCGUGCCAUAUCUGACAAGUUCAUGGAGAGGUGGAACUUCCCCCAUACCUGUGGUGCACUUGAUGGCAAGCACGUCAACUGCAAGUGUCCUCCAAACAGUGGUUCCCUAUACUACAACUACAAAGGGUUCUUCUCCGUUGUCCUCAUGGCGCUCGUGGAUGCUGAUUACAAGUUCAUCUGGGCAGACAUCGGCGGUAUGGGAUCAGCAUCAGACGCUCAGAUAUACAAUGCCUCUGAGCUGAAGGAAUGCGUUGAAGAUGGUAGUCUAGGCUUCCCUGAUCCCAAUCCUCUUCCCAACGACAACCAGGAUGUGCCCUACUUCUUUGUCGGCAACGAUGCCUUCGCCCUACGACCCAACAUGAUGAAGCCGUACAGCCUCCGGGGUAUGACGCGGCCAGAUCGCAUCUUGAACUACCGGCUUUCCCGAGCCAGGAGGGUCGUAGAAAAUGACUUCGGCAUCCUGGCCAACCGUUUCCAAGUUCUCCUGAGCACGAUGCAGCAGCAGCCCGAGACCGUCAAGCUCAUUGUUACAGCAUGCAUGAUCCUCCACAACCUGAUGAGGACCCGGUAUCCAGGAAUGCAGAACCAGCAGCUUGACCGUGCCGAGAACAUGGGUCGUGACUACGUCCCAGGAGCGUGGAGAACUGGCAUUAACCUGCAGGACACCCGCGUAGUCACUGGCAGCAACACCUCCAACAAGGAAGGAAAGAAGCAGAGGAACCUCAUCAAGCACUGGGCCAACUCCGAAGCCGGUUCCAUGGCAAGACAGGAUGAUAUAGAUAAAACACAUAACACAUUGUUUUAA